AUGGCGGUGACCGAGAGUGGACCAAUGUUUUUAAAAGCGGUUGAUUGUUCUGGUGAAACAAAAGAUAAAUAUUUUAUUGCUAACUUGAUGAAGGAGGUUAUAAAUGAAAUUAGUCACCAAAAGGUGGUUCAAGUCAUAACCGAUAAUACUCCAAAUUGCAAAGGUGCCGGACAAAUAAUUGAAUUGGAGUAUCCUUAUAUUUUUUGGACACCAUGUGUUGUACACACACUAAAUCUUGCUUUGAAGAACAUUUGUGCCGCAAAGAAUGUUGAAAAUAAUUUGAUUACAUAUGAGGAAUGCAAUUGGAUUACUAAUCUUCAUGAUGAUGUAAUGAUUAUAAAAUUUUUUAUCAUGAACCAUUCCAUGAGACUAGCAAUGUUUAAUGAAUUUGUGCCUUUGAAGUUGCUUUCCGUAGCGGAGACACGAUUUGCUUCUAUUAUUGUCAUGUUAAAAAGAUUUAAGCUUAUUCGACGUGGUCUUCAAGCUUUGGUUAUUAGUGAAAAAUGGUCACUUUAUCGAGAAGAUGACAUGACGAAGGCAAGUUUUGUAAAAUUGAAAGUGUUUGAUGAUCUUUGGUGGGACUCUAUAAGUUAUGUUCUUUCCUUCACUUCUCCCAUUUAUGACAUGCUUAGAUUUUGUGAUACGGAUAAACCUUGCCUUCACUUGGUUUACGACACGUGGGAUACAAUGAUUGAGAAAGUGAAAGGAAUAAUUUAUAGGCAUGAGAAAAAAGUUCAAGAAGAGGAAUCAUCAUUCUACAAUGUUGUUCAUCGGAUACUUGUAGAUCGUUGGAACAAAAAUAACACUCCAUUUCAUUGCUUGUCUCAUUCUCUAAAUCCAAGGUACUAUAGCGAGGAAUGGCUUAAUGAGGAUCUCACUCGACUUGCUUCACAUAGAGAUGUGGAGAUUUCAAGAGAAAGAAUAAAAUGCUUUAAGAGGUACUUGUCAAAUGAAGAGCGUAUUAUGGUGAAUAAGAAGUAUGCCAAAUUCUCAACUAUAGAAGAUGACUUUGGUGAUUUUGAAUCCAUCCAUGAUCAUUAUCGCUUGGACCCAAAGACUUGGUGGGUUAUUUAUGGUGCUUGCACACCUAUGCCUCAAAGUUAUGCUUUGAAAUUAUUGGGGCAACCAUCUUCUUCAUCGUAUUGUGAACAAAAUUGGAGUACUUAUUCCUUUUUGUACUCUCUUAAACGAAAUAAGCUAACUCCAAAACGUGCGAAAGAUUUGGUUUUCGUCCAUAGCAAUAUUCGUCUCUUGUCAAGGAGGAGUGCGCAAUACUCACAAAGAGAGACUAAAAUGUGGGAUAUCAAUGGAGAUGCAUUUGAUACAUUUGAAGAUAUUGAUGUGCUUGAAGUCGCUAAUUUAUCUCUAGACGAGCCGGAAUUGGAGGCGAUGGUAUUUGCUGAUGGAGAUGAAGAUGUUAAAGAGAUUCAAGAUGAAUGA